AGUGACAUUACAAUGCGACGUGUUGUCGGUUUUCUUGUGACAUUUUGACUUAUUAGAGCGAAAUUGCUGCGCUGGAAGUGGGAAUUGUUUGUAAGAUUUCACUUUUAGAUACGUGUCAAUUGGGUUUGAACGCGUUAAGGCUUAUAAAGCCUUUAAAUUUAUAAUAAUUGACAAAUAUAAAUAAAACAAGAAAAUGGCGCCGAAGCAGAGAAUGCGUAUUGCCAAUGAGAUCGCCAGCAAAAACAUCACACAGAGGGGCAAUGUUCCAAAAACAACAAAGGAAAAGGAAGACCAAUACCCUGUGUCACCAUGGCUCUUAGCUCUCUUCAUAUUCGUAGUCUGUGGUUCAGCUGUCUUUCAACUCAUCCAAUCCAUAAGACUUGCUUAAAUUGUGAUCCCUUACAUAGACAAUACCCUGCAUUUGUGUCAUAGACAAAAUGGAAUAGACAUAAUAUAAUAUCACAACAUUCUAAAUUUAUAUUCAGAUAAUCCUUGUGACACUUCAAAAAAUUUGUAACUUUAUGUAAUCUAUGUACUGUAUAGUCUUAUACCUUUUCAAUUAACGAGAAAUAACUAUUAGAUCUAGAUUCUUAUAUAAGGCUUUUUCUAUCACCUUUUUUAUUUCUUCAUAUAGUGAAACGAAGAUGAUCAAAAACAAAUAAUAUUAUAUACACUUUUGAUUAUUAUUUUUAAUCUUAUUCCUUUCUUUUCUGUAAAAAAGGUUCUUGAGUUGAAAAUUUAAAAAUGAAUUUAAUUAUUAAUCGAUGAAAUUAAAAAAUAAAUUGUUUAUGGUCAUCUUAGUUGAGAUUCGUAAGUUAAGGAAAAAUUACUUUUGACAUUAUUAAUUAGUAUAUGCCUACUAUUUUAUAUACAGUUAUCUUUUAUUUCUAUAAAUACAGGGUGUUGUGUUUUAUUCUUUUUAAUUAAUAAAUUAAUAUACAAAUGUCUCAUAUAUUAAUGAUUUUACAUUACAUACAUUAAAAAAAAAUAUAUGAUUUAUUUAUAUACUCAGUUGAUAUUGAAUGCUACCUAAUAAUAAAAAUACCUUGUUUAAAAGUAUCCCAAGAGCCGUUUUACUUUGGCACAUUGAUACGAGAUGAAUAAGUUUGUCGUACAGCAUUUGCUUUGUCUUUUUAUAUUCACACUAUCAUCCAAAUACCCCAUUCCAUCAAGUGCAAUCUCAUAAUGUAUAUUCUUGUAUAUUGUAAAAUUUACAAUUAAUAUUAAGAUGUAGCAUUUGUUUAUUUUCCAUUCCUUUUUAUUUGUGACCAAACGCACAAGCUGUGCAGUUUCUCGUGCGCUUUAGUUUUUAAAUAAAAAUAUUUUAAUAUCGGUCCCACUGUUCGAAAAUUGUGAUGGUGUUAUUUUUAUUGUAAAUGUAAUUUAUUUGAUUAAAUACAAUAUAUUUGUCA